GCGUCUGGCCGUGCUCCCCGGCGUGUAGCCGCGCGCAGGGGGCCUGGGAGGGCGAGAUGCGGCUCCCGGGGCCGAGCACCCCGCCCCCAUGGCCAGACCUCUCUGCAGCCGGGGGGCUGAAAGGCGCCCCCUGUGGAGUCACAGGAGGCGGCGGUGCGACGUGGGCCUUGUGGCUGGGGGUAGGCCCUGUGUGCAGCGCGGCUCCAGCUGAUGGGUCAAGUCUCCAGUAAAGAGGAAGUGGGGUUGUGUAGGGACUGCACCCCAUCUGUGGGAACAGACCUGGGGGCCCAACAGGACCCUGGGGGGUGACAGCUGGCGCCGGACGCAGGCCUCCGCCAGGACUGCCCUGCGCGGCCCUGAGCUCAGCUGGCCCCGUUGGCUGGUGUAGGAGGCUCUGCGCUGGGCCCGCACAUCGCACGCCCGUGGGAGGGACAUGCUCCAGCUCAGAAAGUCGGGGCAGCUCGCAGGCAGGAUCCGCUCCCCACCUCUUUCCCUCGCCCCGCCCCACCGGCAGCCUGGGUCGGGGUCACCUGGACACCUCUGCAUCCUUUGUAGAGCGAGCAGGACGUCCCUGAGCCUCAGGCCCGGCUGGGCCGUCUCUACCUGUACAGCUGCAAUGACCGCUCUGCUUGCUCUGUGGCUGAGAUCCAGAGAACAGACACGGCUGCCAUCCUGGACAUGAAAUGGUGCCACGUCCCGGUGGCCGGCCAUGCCCUCUUGGCUGUGGCCGAUGCUGAUGGGCUCAUAGGGCUGUACCAGCUGCUGGGGUCCAAGGAGACCACCUACACCCUGCAGCCGUUUGCCAGCUUUGCCCUGAGCAAGCAGUGUCUGGCCUUGUCCCUGGAUUGGUCCACUGGGAAGGCGGAAAGGACCAGUCACCAGCCCUUAAAAAUCAUCAGCAGCGACUCCAAGGGCCAGCUGCACCUCCUGAGGCUGGAUGAGGUGGGGUCCGGGCUGCACGAGGUGGCCACCUGGCAGGCCCACAGCUUCGAGGCCUGGAUUGCAGCUUUCAAUUACUGGCAGACGGACGUGGUGUAUUCAGGUGGGGACGACAGCCUGCUGAGGGGCUGGGACACCAGGGCACCUGGCGCACCUGUGUUCACCAGCAGGAGACAUUGCAUGGGGGUGUGCAGCAUCCAGAGUAACCCCCACCAGGAGGGCAUCCUGGCCACGGGGAGCUACGACGAGCACGUUCUGCUGUGGGACACGCGGAACAUGACGCAGCCGUUCGCAGACGUGCCUGUGCAGGGCGGGGUGUGGAGGCUCCGGUGGCACCCCCUGCAAAGCCACCUGCUCCUGGCGGCCUGCAUGCACGGUGGCUUCAGCGUCAUCGACUGCCAGCAGGCCACGGAGAAGAAGCAGGACACGUGCACGAUCUCUGUGUCCCACACGCUGCCCAGGUCCCUGCUGUACGGGGCCGACUGGUCCUGGCUCACCUUCUGCCGUCAGCCCGAGGCCCAGCCGUCAUCCCACUCAGGGUUCUUGCCCAGCAGCGGCCCAGGAGCCGCAACAGAAGACGAGACUGGGGACCAGGGGCCGGCACCUCCCUGUCCUGACAGUCCAACAGACGACGGGAGUGGAAGCAAGGAAAGGACUCCUCCCCGGCCGUCCACAGAGGACGUGAGGAAGGGCAGCAGCCAGCUGCACAGCCCAAGGACCAAGAUCUGUGUCUGUGACUCGGGCAUGGAAGCAGACCUUAACAUCCACCUGCUGGCCACUUGCUCCUUCUAUGACUGCGUUCUUCACCUCUGGGGGUGGGAGAGCAGCUGAGCCGGCCGGGGGGCAGGCCCCGGCUGGGGAUCAUAAAGACCGUGCCGUGAA